CAUUCACACUUACACGAACAAACAAUUUGCUCAUUAAGAAUAAUAAUUUUAUAAAUUACGUUUCCCGUUACUAUUACAAAAUUUCUGCUUAAGAUGUGCUCUUUAGGGCCUGGCCCAGGCAAAUGCCUGGAACCGCCACCGGAAAUACCACAGGAAAUCGAGCCCAUUUCCCCGACACGCUUCCUAGACCUGCCCAAACCGAAAAAGAUAAAGAUAUUUGACUGCGAUGAGUCCCGAGAUGAGGAGGAACUCGCCUGCAAGCCGAGCACUGAGCUGAGCCUGGGGGAGUCCUCGCAAUCGGCAUAUGUGCGGGAGCUGGACUACGAUGACAUCAAGCUAGAAAUGGAGGCGAUUAAAGAGCGUGUGGGUGUGAUUGAUAAGCGACUGAUGCUCAAUAUACCCGAGUGUCCUGACUUGGAUCCCUGCCAGGACAUAGAGCUGGAGCUGCAGACCGAUGCGCAGACAUAUGCGGAAAUCCUGCAGCUGCAACGCGACAACUACAAGCUGAAGCAUCAGAUGGAGCAGUUGAAGCUCUGCUGCUAUGCCACUGAUGUGACGCUUGGAAAGAUGGAGGCGAUGGUCUGCCAGGAGCAGCUGGAGGCCAAGCAGCUGCAGCGCAGCCUCGACAAACUCGAGUCCGCUAAGCUGCUGCUGGAGCGACAAUUUGGACUCUGCAGCCACCGCUUUCGGCAUCUGGAGCAAGAGAAGUACCAAUGGAGUACCUGCCACAGCUAUUUCGAUGGCCUGCGGGCCGAGGCCGAGCGCCAGGCGAACAAAUGUGUCUCCAAGGAGCAAAUCGUGCAGCAGCGCGACUUCGCUCUGGAAACGCUGAACAUAAAAAAGUGGCGCCUGAAACGAAUUCACGGCUACAUGAGCGACUGUUUCAAGAAGUUGGCCGCCCAAAUGGACAUGUUGCUGCCACAACAGUCGACGGUGAUAGUCAACUUUCUUCAGCGCAACGAAAAGUUGUUCAAACGGAAGCAGCCGAAGCGAGACUUAAAGUGAGCCACAGACGAAAAUCUGGCCCAAAUGGUUCAAUUUGUCAUUGGCAAAUGGCAAAUGGCCAUAAGGUGGCAGCCAACAUUUUUAGUUCAUUUACAUUUUGGGACCGCAGUCUCGAUGCUUUGCAUGGGGGCGGG